CAUUUUCUGGAAAAUUGUUAAAUAAGUUGUAUCUAAAUAUGCUGUUUCUGCAUAACAUUAAUACAACUCUGCACGUAUAAACACUAUUAUCUUCGAAUUUCAGUCGAAGUUAUGGAGUAGAGUUAAAAACCUGUUUACUAACGAGUCAGUUCUAAAAAUUUUGAAAGGCUCGUGUAAGUAUUUUUAUUUCACCUUUAAAAUACAUGUUUUUUGAUUUUAAAAUAUCUUUUGUAUCGUGUUAAAAAUAUCUUCUUUUGUUAAAAUAUUUAUGCCAUUGACGUACAUUGCACAAAUUUCAUGUUUUUACAUACACGUUUUUGGAAUCUGAGGUAAUGCCAGGGUCUGCUUUAAGAAAAGCAAUAACUAGAUGUGACCAACCUGCUGUUAAAUAUUUGGUACAUGUUUGUUGUUUAUUUUAGGGAGCAUAAAUGACAAAUAAUCAUUUCUUUUCCAAACAAUGGUUGCCUCAAACGAACCUAGAAAAUGUUCUGUGGUAUUGUUAGAUGAUCAAAAACUUGAUAUACCAUUGCAGCCUAAACUAUUAUCGAGUGACUUGUUGGAUAUUGUGACUUCACAUUUCACAUUGAAAGAAAAAGAAUAUUUUGGUCUCUGUUACUAUGACACAAAGGAUUGUUUAUGUUGGCUACGCUUAGAUAAAAAAGCUUUAGAUCAUGAUUUUCCAAAGGUGACACCUAUCCCUCUAUUCUUUUGUGUCAGGAAUUAUGUAAAAAGUGUCACAAUUUUAAAAGACAAUGUAACAAUAGAACUAUUUUACUUGCAAGCUCGUAGACACAUAUUUGAGGGUGCCAUUGAAUGUGACAGUGCGACUGUUUUUUUGUUAGCUGCUCAUGUGUUGCAGGCGACACAUGGUGAUUAUGUUAGUGAUUCUAUAGCUGUAGAAGAUUUAAAAAAUCUUAAAGUGAUCCCUACAAGGACAUUGCAAGAGCAUCCAUCCUUGACAUUCUGCUAUAUUGGUAUUGUUGAAAAAUUGCCAAUGUAUGGGGUACAUUAUUAUGAUGUCAAGAAUAAAGAACAAAUUCCGUGGAAAUUAGGUAUUAGUUUUCGAGGCGUUGAAGUAUUUGAUUUCCAUGACAAAUCUGAUCCAAGGAAGACAUUUUCCUGGAGUCAGAUGGAAAACAUAUUUUAUAGGGAUAAGAAAUUUUCGAUAGAAUAUCGUGAUGGGCCAAGAAAACCUCCAUCUCCUCACAUGAUAAAAACGGAUUCAAACAGUAGUUUAAAUAGAUUAAAUGCAUUACGCCGUAGUUUCGGUCACCGUAUAGUUGUCCACGCAUGGUAUUCUGUCAGUUCUGGCAGAUGUCGUGAAUUGUGGCAUAUGGCGGUGUCGCAACACCAGUUCUUCCUAGAGAAAAGAAACGCCCACAAAAACGGUUCACAGAGAUCGUUACGGCAGAUGGCUAAACACCUUUCUAAAUCUUCCACCUCGCUAUCUUCUAUGCGUUCAAAUAACAGUGCAGCUUAUGAUAACCUCAGCGACACUGCUUCGUUUUAUUUUUCUCUGGAUGGAGAAAGUCUGAGUUCAUCACAGAUGAUUGAAGCUGAGCAAGAUAUGUUAUCUGCGCUAAAGACGAGAAGGGGUUUUUUGGAACAACUCCUGAAAGAAAAAAGCGAACUUCUUAACGAGCUAUGUUUACGAGAGGCAGAGUUAACAGGCGUUGUGCCGACAGAGCUUCCUGAAAGUCCCACUCACCCGGGGCAUCCGAUGAGAAGAAAAGUUGGGACGGCUUUUGAAUUUGAUGAAACAAUGCUAACAUCGGACCAUCAUACUCUGGAGGGUCGUGAAAUUGAAAGUAUGGAGCGUGAUUACGAGAUACAAAGACAAAUAACCAGUGCUGCGCAGCGCUUAGCGAUGGAUCCAUCAGUUCGAAAGAAAGUCCGUAAAACCAGGCAGAUCUCUUACCAAAAAGCUUUAGUUAAGCUGAAAACGAUGGAACAACAAUUGGAAUACACAAAGCGUGAAACUGCAAAAGAUUUAGCAAAUGGAAUAUCUAAGCUCACGAAGAAAGAUGAGGUGGGUAGCAAUGGUGAUAGUAUGGGCCCAAUUGACGAAGAUACAUUGUCAAGUAAUGAAGAGUCGUACACUACUCCCGCUGCUAAUAACUCAUCUUUCGCACGACGACCACGUGACUCAAUGUACCUAGCAACACCAGUCAUUACAACGUCGUCUGUCCCUGUUCACGUGAUGAACAAUUUAAAAGAACGUCACGUGUCGGCUGCGUCAGUUAAAUCGCCGCGUUACGACCAGCAAUCGAACAGCUACGAUCAUGUCGAUGGAGUUGAAAAUAACUUUAAUUAUGAACCGAGGUUACCGCCUAGGUCACACAGUAACGCUAGUAGAAUAAAAUAUAGACCCCCUGCGUCACCGCUGGUUUUACGAAAUAAAAAAUACACAUUCCAUAACAGCGCUGAUCAGCUGAAUGAACUUGCGUCGCCCCGAAGUGACGGGUCGGAUUCUAAUCAUCAGUAUUUGUGCGGCGAAUUCGAAAACACCGGAAUGUACAGCAUAAGCAUCGCUAAACGUACCGACUAUAUACCUAUUCCGUCUCUCCCUCACUCUUACAGCUCUCCUGGCAUCGCAUCAAAAAUGCAUGCUUCUCCAAAUACUUUACGCCGUUUACAACAAUUAUCUUUAUCGCCGUCACAACCUCAACUUUUACCGUCACGUUAUAUGAUGUCAGCACAAUCCCAAUCACAAUCGUCUUUAGCCAGCAGUAGUGAGCUAUCUGAAUGCUGGUCGGAUGUGGUGUCGGAAGAAACUUUAGUGUAACAAAAGAAAACAGGAAUAUAACUUGAAUACAGCUCUUAAAAGCAACGGCGGUGGUGUACAUAAGUUUUCAUAAUAUUGUAUUUAACAAAAAAACUACAUAGAGAUAUAUUUUGACGUCACAUUGGUAGCGUUAUUUAUUGUUUUUUGUUAUAUCAAUUUUGUAGUGCGUCUGAAUUACUCAAACUCUCAGUGAUUCUUAAUAAUAUACCGAUUGAUUUUUCGCGGCUUUCCUUAAUGUAGCAACGCACUUAGUUUUCUUUUAACGUAAAGCACGAAGUUUAGUUGAUUUAAAUUUGCUUCUCAUUCCGUUCAUUUUAUAUAUAUUUUAUAUACGAAUAAUUUGAGACAAUUUUUUGUCUGUUUAAAUGGUACCUUUUAUAUUUAUUCUGUUUACAUCACACGUAAGGAACGUUGAUUUAAAGGGUAUAUACAAAUACAUUCUAUAUUGUACAUAGAACAGCUAUCUUAGCACUACUGAUUUUUAUGAAAGAAAGUUAAUAAAUUUCAA